AAGCCAUUGACCUGUCAGCUCUGCAGGUGCACAAAGUCUUGACCCCCUAGGGGGCAGAAGGGACUGAGGUGUUUUGAAAUUUUCCAGAUUUGUAUUUCACUUUCAUUUCAAAGCAAAAUUCAGUUCCUCAGAGCUUUCGACUUAUUAUAUUAUACUGCUUAUUGUGUCUUACUUGGCUAGAUGUGCACUUUCACUGCCCUGCUUGCAGGUGACCAGUGUGUACAUUUAAACACAGGCUGUAUUCCUGUCUAAGACUUUAAUCCAAUCACAGGCCUGCAUGGGAGCAAAUGUGCGAGGCAGGGACGUAGGGAGGGGGGAGGCGUAGACGCUCUUGAGAGUGAAUCAGAUAGUUGGAAGGCCAGUCCCAUUCAGGGAAUUAAACCUGUUUAUAUCCUUUUAUCCAAAGACCAAAUAAAUCAUUUAAGUCAUCUCUCCUAUUUUAUUUUUUCAGAUUUCUUGACAUAAACGCGUUCUAAUAUUGACAUUUCGGAGAGGUAGAGCUCUUGAACUCGACUUCUUGUAAUGUCUUCUCAUUGUUGUUUAAAAAAGCAAACUUCUGCUAACAUCUGCUUUUAUCAGUAGCCUAAAACCUUAAUAGGUAAUUAAGAAUCAGUUUCUUUAUAUUGAUUGAACUUUGAAAUGAGAGUGGAGCGUUCAUUGAGAACAUUCAUAGUAAUGCAGUCAGUCUGGACUUAAAAAUCAUCCUGAGCAGUUCUCCCUCAAUACCAAAAUCCAUAUGUGUGAUAUUCUGCAGCACGUAUGAUGAUUUCUUUAUCCUGCAUGCACUGGAGUCCAGUUGAUGCUGGAUUUUGGUCUACCAAUAUAUCUGUGAUCAAUUUAAACUGAACUACACUUGCAUUACGUAAAAGAAAGUAGAUAGGACUGUCUUAGUGUCUUUUGACCGUAGUGUCUCCCCCACUGUCCCUCCACUGCUCCUCACAGGGACUGUACACCUGAAUGAAGAUGCUCCGCCUGGUCAAGUGUUGACCUCAUGCUUUGUAAUCUCUUUAUCUGUGCUGCUCAGCCAGCCUCUAAAGGGGACAGAGAGCUAAUCUCUAUGGGAACAUUUGGUAAGACCGUUGCAUAACAUUUCAUCUUCACAAAAGCCAGGAGAUCGACCUUACCGGUAUCUCUCACACAAUUGUGUUCUGCUGUGUACCUGCAAACCAAAGUACUCUGGUCAUACAUAAUGCAGGUACACACACGUGUGUGCAUGUGUCGUCUCUUGCAUCCUUUUGGCCUAAUUUUUGCGGACCCUGCACUGAUGUCAUUUGAAGGGAUUGGGACGUGCCUAAAUUGAAACAGGAUUAGAGUUCAUGACACCACAUUAAUCCUUCGGCCUCACAGUAAGGAGGAGUGGGUGAAGACGGGGAGAGGUGAGUGGUAAGAGGUGUGGCCAGAGAAGCCUGUCCACUUGACUUGAUGGCUCAAACACACGCGCCCCCUCCCCUCCUGUGGUCUUGGCCAUCCUCUCAUCAGUUAGAGAGGACAGAGAAGGAGGCUAUGACGGCACCACUCUGCUCUCGAGGAUAGGACUUUCUGCAUGGAUUUUUGGAUUCUGUCGCGGACCUCAUCAUGUAAGUGAAGUUAAAUCUUUUUUCUGGGUCCUACUGGGCCGAAAGAACAGCAUUUGUUUUUGUAUUGCUGCUUUCAGUGGAUUGUACAGCUGUGUUUUGAUGCAGAGCAGCAGUCUGGAAACUUGGAUAAACAACAAUCUUGUUUUCUAGACUCGUUCUAUUAUCUCCUUUUGUUAACUUUCUCCUUCUUAAUGCAGCCAUUGAAGGCUUACAAGAUUCUGGUCUCUAGUACAGUUACAGUAAUAUGUCAGCAUAAUGUUGCAUAAGACAUCUAAGAUUUUUUUUUUAUAUUUUGGUGAAGUGUUAAAAUCUAAAGGUUUCAGUGAAGCAGUAUGUGUGGUGUAGAAUAAUUAUGUGUGAUGUUAAGGGGACAUUUAAAGGGAAUAUCAGGGAAAUUAUGUUUCAUUAAGGAAACGCGACUACACCAUGAUUGUACAUUGUACUAAUGCUUGCAUCCUCAUUUUGUGAUUGGGUUAGACCCAUUCUGCAGCUACUUUUGACAAUGAAUAACGCAUCUGGUCUCACAAGUUAACCCUUUCUGGAUACUUUUUAAACCACUGUAACAUGGAUAUAUACAGCACUGCUAUGUGGUAUUUCCAGUAAAGUAAAUAUGGUGUUUUUAACAUCCUAUUAGUAACUUCAUGAAAAGAAAGUAACUAGUGUAUGUUCAAACCACGUGCUGGCAAAGACUUAAUGACAUAAUUGUGUUUUUGAAGAUGACCUUAUCUUCGGCCUGCUGCAAAAAUGCCUGGAGGCCAGUACCAGGUGACGAGCACCAGACCCCGCCACAGUAUCUACAGCCUGACGGACAGCUCUGAUGUCGGCCCCGAGGAUGAGGAGGCCGACGGCGUGCUGCACCUCACCCCCCUGCAGAAGCUCACCACCGACAUGUGCAAGGACGAGAAUACCAUCAAGGAGCUGAUCGUAGGCCGCAGGGUGGGCUUCUACAAGGUCCGCGGGGAGAUUGGCUAUGGGACCUUCUCUAGGGUCAAACUGGCUUUCCAUGCUCUGACUAAAGACAAAGUGGCCCUGAAGAUCCUGGAUAAGACCAGGUUGGACAGUCAGGCCCAGCGUCUGCUCUCCAGGGAGAUCAGCAGCAUGGAGUCGCUCCGGCACCCCAAUGUGGUCCAACUGUACGAGGUAGUGGAGACGCCGAGCCGCCUGUACCUGGUGCUGGAGUACGCAGGAGGAGGAGACCUCCACAACAGGAUCUGCACUGACGGGAAACUGUCUGACAACACCAGCAAGAUCACCUUCGCCCAGAUCCUUUCUGCCAUAAAAUAUAUGCAUAACAUCAACAUCAUUCACCGGGACCUGAAGGCGGAGAACGUUCUGUUCACCAGCACCAGCUGCGUGAAGGUGGCCGACUUUGGAUUCAGCACGCGGGUUUCAAACCGCAACGAUGCCCUUGACACGUUCUGUGGCUCGCCACCCUACGCCGCCCCAGAGCUCUUCAGGGACGAGUGCUACCUGGGGCCCCCAGUAGACGUGUGGGCCAUGGGGGUCUUGCUUUUCUUCAUGGUGACCGGCACUAUGCCGUUCCGCGCAGAGACCAUGGGCAAGCUGCGGCGCAGCAUUAUCGAAGGGGCCUUCACCAUCCCUCCCUGGGUGCCCGGCCCCUGCCAGAGGCUCAUCAAGGGCAUCUUGAAGACGGUCCCUGCCGAGCGCUAUGCCAUCGACCAGAUGCUGGGCUGCGAUUGGCUCUUACCUGUGGAGUUUCCUUGGUCAUUGGUGCCUCCCGAACCAGUGAGUCCUCUGCAUAAACUGGGACUAAGCGGGGACCUGGAGGAGGUGGAGGAGGAGGAGGAGGAGAUGGUCAGAAGCUUACUGGAGGAGCUCGGCUUUACCGCAGAGCACCUACAGAACAAUCCCACCAAAGACAGCCGCAGCCCCGUCACCGGGGUUUAUCGAAUCCUGCUGCACCGAAUCCGUAAGAGGAGGGGCUGCGACAGUCCCCCAGUGGUCCGAGGGAUGGUCAGGGACCCCAAGAGGGAGGGGCUCCGGGCCUACAAGGGCCUCAGACACACCUCCAAAUUGUGUGUGCUUUCAUGAGAGACUGGUAGAGAGGCUUCAGCACAGUUUUUAUACAGGCUUCUUUUAUACGAACACUAUUAGUAGCAGUAGUGGUUUUUUAUUUAUUUAUCUGACACUGUUUAUUGUAAAGUGACUUUUCACAGUUUGUAGCUUUUGAUACUUUUAUUUUACUCCUUCCAAUGCAACUUUUUGUGAUAGCCUAUAUGUAAAAGUGCCUGUUGAAAUUAAACAAAUGUAAAUAAAAGUUGUAAAAGCAUCCA